GUUUCUGGUCAUUUUUGUACUUCAUUGGUUUCUGCUACCUGACCAACAAGUGGAGCAGUGCACCAACCCCUCCCUAUGGUGUCAACAACAUGCAAGCUGCCAUUGCCUUCAGCUUCUUUGCCAUCUUUCCCUGGGCUGCAGCAGCUUACCUAGCCUUCAUGAGGUAUAAGCAAGGGGCCGACCAGGCCUUUGCCCCAAGUUAUGAGGCUGAUCCAACCAACAUGGGAGGCUACAACAGCUACCCUGAUGCCACAGAUCCUGAGGGUGGCUAUUCGCAACCUCCGUUCACUGGCCAACCAGGCCAACCACCCCAGUCAGGUAUGCAGCAGGCACCCCAUACUAGGCCACCAAGGUGCGUGCGCACUUUCUUUGUGGCGCAACUAGUCAGUCUAAAACACUAGUCGGCACCGCUCUGCUGGAUAGCACCGUCACUCUCCCCCUCCCCCUCCCCUCAUGCCGCAAGCAACCCAAGUAUUUCAGGUCUCCUUCUGGUAGCAGCAUACCUUAGGGGGGCUGGGUCAUCCAGGGAACAUCGAAAGGCAGAAAAGAAAUGUCUACACAAUGCUGAUGUCAAUGAAGAGUCCUAGAACAAGUAAAAUAUAAUUUCUAAGGAGAUUUUUGAAGGCCUGGGGGAGGAACAUGUGUAAAGAUAAAUGAUAAUGAUAAUGAUAGUAAUGAAACUUAAACAAAUGACAAUAGAGGUCAGUUCACCUACCUUCCAAGACACAACUUUCACAAGAAGGGCCCUUUCAGUUACAAAAAUUGUCAGAGGAUGCUUAGCUACCUCAUGGUUUAAUCAAUUUUUCAGCAUUGAUAUCCUUAAUAUUAAAGUAUUUCAUUACAGGUAGACUAGGAAUCGUUUAUUUCUUGUAAAUAUUGAUGACACAUUUUACCCUUAAAGCAGUUGCAAAGUGUUUUCUAUGUCCUGAUAAAUUGAGAGUACCAUGCGUCUGUCUUUGAAUGUAGAUGAUGUUAGGCA